GCUGUACCCUACGCGAUGCCAGGUGGCUCAGCUCGGAUGUUGGCUUCAUGUCCCUAUUGCUGGAAUCUAUCACGGACGUUCUGCCGAUACUUUGCCUGGGACUAAUCUGGCGCCUGGGUGACAUACGACUCUGGUGUCAGACGACUUUUGCUGGAGCUUUGCUGAUGACGCUAAAGGGCUUUGUUUCGUGGGCUACGGUCGUACCAGACGCCCAAGGAUGGAAGGCAUGCAAAGACAGAUUGGGUAUCGACGGGCUGCGCUACUUUCGGGAGGAUCGGCAGGUCGCGGACAUGUUGGCUGACAUCUUGCUCCUUGAGGUUAGAGGCUUUUGGUUCGCACGUUCGAGGCGGAGACUGUGUGCAGAUGCAACGUUCAGUGGUGGCACCAGUUUGUCGGUACUUUUCUGUACCAGUCUUUGUGAGGCUAGCAUCGUGCUAUCGUCGGGAACCUCGCAGCGUGGUGCAGAAGAGGCAGAUGCUCUUCUGCCAGCAAUAGCGCAGUGCAUGAGGUAUCUGCUGGUGGCUUUGACGGUUGGAAACCUGGUGGUACCAGUGCUUGAGGGGGCACAACGUGCCGAAGCUGUUGCCCUUGGCGUAGUCGUGGCAGUUGCUGUUUGCAACAGCCCCGUCUUGGCUCUGGCGGUGGAUGCUUGGUGCCGCAGCUGGCCAGUGGAAGAUGCUGCGGCACCUGGCUUGGCUGAUGCGACGCCAUUGUCACCAACAUCCACUGCUGCGCUGAUGGGGUUUGCCAGGUUCACCGGCGAGGAGGACAUGGAGCACAACCUGGUGGACUUGGGCAAGGUUCUGAUCCCACCGCCGUGGUCGGUGGGGCGGGAGUAUUGCUACCUUCGGCAGCAUCCCCUUCCGGAAGCAUCUGCCCAGAAGGGCGUUAUGCAGCAACUUCUGGCGAUCCUCCGCCAGUCCCAGGAGCAGCUUGCAAAGAAGGAGCAGAAGAAGAUUGAAAUGCUAAAGAAGGAGCAAGCUGACGAGCUUGUCAGCGCGCAGCGUUCGGACCGGUUUGCUGAGCAACGCAUUCAGGAGGCUUUAUCUGAUCAGCAGAGAAUGCUCAACAGCAGAGCGAGACGCAAGAGAACCCAGACGCUGGACUUUCGUCAGAGCGGACCUUCUGCCGAUGGACUUCUCCUUGCAAGUGCGAUGAGCGUGAUGAAGCCAAGUCGUUCAGAAGGCUUUCUCUGA